AUGGCGAGGCGGUUUGAGUGCCCGCCGGUGCAGGAAUGCCGGAUCCAUUUCUCCCCGGAGAGCAUACAGAAGCUCAAGGCUAAAGCGAACGCCGAGAUGGCCGGCACGGCCACGGCCACCAUCUCCUCGUUGCAGGCCCUGCUCGCGCACCUGUGGCGAGCGGUGUGUCGAGCCCGGGGGCUGGCGCCGGACCGGGAGACGAGGCUCGUCCUCCCCGUCGGAUGCAGGACACGGGUGAAGGGUAUUCCACAGGGUUACGUGGGCAAGAUCCUAGGGGACAGCCGGCUGGGCUGGACGGCUUGGCUACUCAACCGUGUUGUGGCUUCGGUCGACGAGGCGACGGUGACAGAGGAGCUCGUGUCUUGGUCUAAAAACCCCAGCUUAAGAUACGCGCCUGACUUAGGUGGGGAUCCUGCCAUUGUGGUAGUGAGCGGCUCGCCGCGGUUUGAUGUGUAUGGCAAUGACUUUGGCUGGGGCAGGCCGCUGGGCGUCCGGACCGGCCCGGGGAACAAGCUGGACGGGUUGAUCACGGUUUUUGAGGACGGCGGAGGGGCCGGGGCAUGGAACUGGAGGUGUGUCUUGCUCCUCAUGUUCUCGCCAAGCUCGUCGCCGACCAAGAGUUGA